GUACCACAGUCCUGUGUUACGGAAUGGACUGGAUCCACGUUUGUUCCAACAUCCUUCUCUUCGUCGCGUUAUAACAUCAACUUGAGGACGUCUGCCUCAUGGUACCAGUACGAAAUAAUUUAACAAGAUUAUGGUUUAAUUACUGGUUUCUGGGGGGCAUUUAGUGUUCGGUGCAUUGUUGUGUGGAGAUUAUUUCUUGUAGGCUAACAGCUAUGCUAACAGUUUAGAUAACCCUGAAGGUUGAUACAGUGUCCUGGAUCCUAUGUAUCAGUUGUCCGAGAGUCAUGGCUCUGAAGUUACUCCAAAGACUUCCUAAGCAGGUGGGACAGAUCGUCAUUCACCGCUAUGCUUGUACCAACUCAGGGCUCCUCUUCAGGUGCCAGUCUGACCUGCACCUGUGUGUGGCCUGCUUGUGCACCUUAUCUCCAAACUGCAUCCAAAACCACGGCUGUCGAAAACGACAACUGGACGGGACAAGGAGGGGGCUGACCACUAUAGUCCGUGAGCCGUCAUUCGCGGGCAGCAGUUCUGUGGGACUCCAUAAAGAUUCAUUUUCUCGAUUCUGUCUGAUUCAAAUGCACCAUGCGACUCCAGCAGAAGAACAGACUUUCUACACACGUCUGAACAAGUGCACUUCAUCUCGGCAAGUCUUCAGAUUCCUGCGCUCUGUGGAGGUUAUGACAGACAGCAUGGCAGCAGCAUCCCUCCAUCGUGUAGCUGAAUUGGAGCAAGGGGUAAAUUGUUUAAAAGACCCUUCAGUGCUGGAAGAGCACACCAUCAGAGUUCUAUGCAAGCAGCUGGAGGAAGACUCUGGGCGGCUAACGGAUGGUGGCCUGAUAUCUGCGCUUCUAGCCUGCACACGGCUCUACCUGGAUCCCUGGAGUACUCUGAUGGUGCGCCUGGUGUCUGAGAGCCAGGAGAGACUAGACCGGGGAUACCUAAAAGUAGGGCAUCUGUGUGACUUGGGUCAGGCCAUGUUGGCGCUGGAGGGUCCUGGGUCUGUCAUGUUGGAGCAGGUCAUGUCUCAAAUUCAAAAGCAGGAGCCAGCACAGUGGAGCUUGGCAGAUCUUAGAGCGAUGUAUAAACUGUUACAAAGUGGUGCCGGUUUUGAUGGGAAAUACUGUGACCUACUGAAUGCAAUGCACACUCAUGCAGUUACUGUCACUUCUCACAUGAACCCUGCCACUGUCAGUGAGCUGCUCGGUGUCCUCACAAGUCUGAAUCAAACUCAGGCCAUGCCUUUGGUGAUCAGUUUGUGUAAACGGGCUGUCCGCCAUGUGCCUCAUUUUAGUGAUGAGGAGCUCACUCUUGUUCUAGGAGCACUUAUGCACUUUGGUCACAGUGAUCAUUACUUUGUGGAUGCCAUGGAAAAAUAUGUCCCCACGAUGGCCUUCAUUUCCCACCCAGAGACAGUUACCAAGGUGAUGCAGUUCUUUGGGAGAAGAAACAUCCUUUCCCCAGUGGUGUUUGAUGCUGUAGCUGAGAGUUUUGUGUAUAGGGCAGAUGAGUACACUCCCAGUCAGGUGGCCAGGCAAAUCAUGCCAUUUGGAAAGCUUGGCUACCUCCCUCCAAAUGCAGCCAAUGUGUUCAGAAAAGUUGAGACCAUUUUGCACACUCGUUUUUCACACUUCCAACCUCGCACUUUGCUCAAUGUGCUUCAUUCCUGCAUCUUGGUGGAGAGAUUUCCUGUGAACUUUGUCUCUAAAGUUUUCAGCAGUUACUUUCUCCAACAACUGCAAGAGCAAGGUACAGGAAUAGAUCGAUAUGUUCUUGCUCAGCUAACUCAGCUUUACAUGACUAUGAAACUGGAGUGUCCUUUCUAUGAGGGACCACAGCUUCUUCCACAAUACCGUGUCAAGUCUUUCCUCAUGCCUGGUCAUUCGUUGGAGACUCCAGUUGACGUUCAUUUGUACAAUUCUGUCAAAACUGGAUUGGUGGAUUUGCUUGGUGCUCGUUCAUAUUUUGGCUCUAAAGUUCUGACACCAUACUGCUACACACUAGAUGUGGAGAUCAAACUUGAUGAAGAAGGUUUUGUCUUGCCUGCCUCUCAUAAUGAUGAAGUUUUUAAGAGAAUAGCACUUUGCAUUGACGGACAAAAGAGGUAUACUUCUAAUAAAAGGCAGCUAUUGGGUAAAGAAGCUACAAAACAACGGCACCUAAGGCUUCUGGGAUAUGAUAUUAUCCAGAUUCCAUUUUAUGAAUUUGAUAAACUCCGAAACAAGACCAGUGUUGUGGAGUAUCUGCACCAGAAGAUCUUCCCCCACAGCUACAGACUCAGCUGGUGAUUUAACUAUUUAGAUCCAGACAUCCAUUUGUGCUCAACUGCCAAAAAAU